AAUCGCGUGACGUCAUUUAUGGACGGCCCCAAGUGACGUGAACGCAAUACCCACAGCUGUCAACCCAUACGGUUUAUACUCCAUAAUCUUGUACAGGGAAAUUGAGUUUUCAGGCCCACGCGGCGUACAGCCGUUUCAAUACGGGCAGAAAUUUAUUUUAAAUGUCUAUUUGUUUGUGUUUGUCCCGUGUGAUGGGACUUUGAUGGAUGAACGUUGAGAUGUAUAAGUGGCACGAGGUGACCAAUAAGGUCAGAAUUGGUCUGUAAUGAGGUAGGGCACAGAUUAGGGAUUGACAGCUAUGAAUGCCGUAGCGUCUCGGCGCGAAUUUUGUCGGUGAAAACUUUCACAAAAAUUGCAUAAAAAGCACAUGGCUAUGUAGAUAUUAAUGUAUUGUUUCUUAAAUAUACAAAAUCCGCAUUUCACUUUAGCUAAAUCAUUUGUUCGUUGUUGAGAUUUACGAUUCGAUUCCUUAAACUUUCACUUUAAAUCGAUUCCGGAAUCGAAGGCGGUCACGUCUUGCGUCAUCCCCAGUCGUUUAAAAUGUUCGCGUAAUGAUGUGACGCAAAUAAGCCCAAAACAACCUCUUAAGGAUUUGUAUUGUUGUUGAGGUUCAUGUGUCGUGUUAUUACUGUAACAAAAACAAUAAACUUGGUUUCUGAGAUAAUGCGUCUGCGAAUCCACUGCAGCUGUGAAGCUGACUCCGUGGGAGCAAGGGGCCUUUGUCUGGAUUUCCCGCCAGGAGCCUAGGGUAGGCCUCAGGCGGGUGAACUCGGCAGGGAGCCUCGGAAUCUGCGGGCGUUUCGGUGAAUUAAAGUUUCACUCCUACUGCGUGGUGUUUGUCAAAGUACAAAGGCCUGGGGUCAAAGGCUUCGUGAUCGAUGGAGGAAGCGGGACGAGCCAAGGGCCGCGUGCCAGCGUCGGGGCCCAAUGCCCUGUUCGUGAGGUGGCUCACCGAACUGCGCGACGAGGCCGCCUCCAAAGGCAAGAAGUCCCACUACGUCUACCAGAAGGCGCUGAGCUCUUUGAAGAAAUACCCACUACCCCUGCAGAAUGGCAAGGAGGCAAAAAUUCUACAGAACUUUGGAGAUGGAAUCUGCAAGAUGCUGGAUCAGAAGUUGGCCGAAUACAACGCUGAGCAUGGAUCUGAUGCUGCAAUACACAACCUGAAGCGUAUGGCAGAUGUAGCAGGCCCUACAAAAGCCAAGUCACAAAAAUCUGGAUCGAAUAGAGAUCCCAAGAACGUAAUAGUGCCGAGUUCUCGCAGCAUGAGCAGCAGCGAUGACGCACCUUCCACCAGGGACGCACCCCCACUGAAGCGGACCCGGGUGGAGGGGACAAACGAAAAAGGUUACACCCCUAAGAAGUCAUCAGGUGGAUAUGCUUUGAUCAUGGCUCUUUACUGGGAGAAGCAGAAACCUGAUGGAAAAUACUUCAUGACCAAACCUGAGCUUCAGCAGGAAGCCCAACCUCACUGUGAAACAUCCUUCUUUGCUCCCGAAGCAGGAAUGCGUUACUCUGCGUGGUCGUCCAUGAAAACCCUCAUCAGCAAAGGCCUCGUGGAGAAGUGUAGCAAUCCCGCCAAGUAUUUUAUCACAGAAAAUGGCAUUGAGCUGGCACGGAGGAUAGACUGUGCUGAGGCUCUGCAAGGUAAGCAGACAGGAAUUGGAAGUGAUAACGUGACAACCAUUGUGGAAACCGUGGGACUGUACCCGGCCACGGAUGGCGCCAUUGACCUCACAGAAUCGGACGAGGAUUUGGGAGCAGAAGUGGGUACCACUGGUCCAAAGAUGCAGGAAACGUGGACAGCAGUGAUCGCGACGAAGGCACCGCUUUCCCUACCGGCCAGGCGCGUUACAGCGCAAGAGCAGACGGUGGCUGCAUACCGUGACUUCCUUCCUCGUGAUAUGGAACCCCGAGAUGAUUUUCCACCAUCUCAGCCUAAGACCGUCGUGCCUGACAUCACUCUACGUCCGGGAGAAUUCGACAUUAUCCUUUGUGUUGAUGUCAUCGAAACGACUGGGUCUGGAUCAAUGAAGCAGGAGCUGGUGAACGAGCUCAAAAAGAACGGAGUGCAGUUCGAUGUGCGGAAGUUGAACGUGGGUGACUUCGUGUGGGCCGCUCAGGAGCGAGUGCAGCCUCUCCCUGGCCAGUUGAAGGUACCGGCAGCAAGGGAGCUGGUGCUUGACUACAUCGUGGAGCGGAAGCGGAUGGAUGACCUCUGUGGCAGCAUCAUCGAUGGGCGAUUUAAGGAGCAAAAGUUCCGUCUGAAGAAGUGCGGGCUGAGGAACUGGAUUUAUUUGGUGGAGGAUUUCAAGAAGGCUCAACACAUGAGCCUCCCAGAGUCUACUCUUCAGCAAGCCGUGGUCAACACACAGGUGGUGGAUAACUUCUUCAUUAAACGCACCCGGGACAUACGGGAGUCAGCAGCUUAUCUCACCAUCAUGACUCGCUAUCUGCACAACGCGUAUGCGCACAACACGCUGAUGAGCUGUACAAAGGAGGAGAGGACAGCUCUGCUACCAGCUGACCGCCCUUGUUCCGUGGACGAUUCACUGCCACUCAUCACCUUUUCCGAGUUCAACCAGGGAGCUGCCAAAAACAAGGCUCAAACCGUUCAGGAGGUGUUUGCACGGCAGUUGCUGCAGUUCAGUGGCGUAAGCGGAGACAAAGUCAUCGCUAUCAUGGAUAAAUACCCCACCCCACAAAGCCUGAUGACGGCCUACUCAAAGUGCUCCUCAGACACCGAAAGGGAGAAGCUUCUGGCCAACUUCAAGUGCGGGAAGCUGCAACGGAACCUGGGACCAGCCCUCAGCAAACUCAUUGCUGGAUUCUACUGCACAGCUGGGCCUUUGAGCUGACAGCAAUAUAAUCACAACACAGUUCCUUCUUUAUGUGAGGAAAAAAAAAAACCUUAAAACUCAUCUUAUUUUUCACAAAACUGUUGCUUAUUCGUGGCAGUUCUGGAUGGCUGUCUACAACAUGCAGCUGUUUGGUUGCAUCUCACGUGAUGAAAUACUUGUGACUGAUGGAACGCGUGCAUUGCUUUAUUGCGGGAAGGUGCAGCUCUCUUGUGGGUCCGCAGUAAAAUUUUGUGCAUUCAAAAACCUCCCUCCAUUUGUGAGCGAAACUACAACGGUUCUGGAGUGAGGGGUCGAGCCUUUUGUUUGUGAACGCCACUCUCAAGGUUGUGCUGUGCCGUGCAUUGCACUGCUGCAACGGCUGCAUGACACUCCGUGCUUGCGAUGUUACUUCAUGUGUUUGCAGGGAGGAAUGAUUCGCUCCUUGUGAUGCAAUGAAUUGUUGCCAUUUGACUGUUUGGAUUUCAUUAAGUUUGCUUAGACAAAUUGCUGCAAUCCAUACAUUUUCUUUACAUCGCGGUGAAUAAUGUAGAGCCUCCAAUGAACGUCUACCUGGAUACUACUUAAAACACGUGAUACAUUGCAUGAUUGUGUGCUUGAGGAUACUGAUGGAAUUGAUGCAUCAUUCUAACCCGAGUGUGCAUGGUGAUGCGUGUUUGGAGAGGCCAGGGGAGAUGAUUGGAUGAUGCUGUGUGCAUUGUGUCACAUGCUGCAUGCAGCUAUAUGAAACCGAAAGCACCAUUGUGUUGCCUUUCAUUGCUGCCAUAAUGUUGCAUCGUGUAACAAAUAUAUACUGUAUUCAUGAGAACCACGUUUGACACUUGAAUGUGUGUGAAAUAUGCCUCUGGCUGUUUGUAGCCAAUGGAUUUGGUUUAAUAGUAUGUUUAUAUUAAACUAGGGACCAUACUGCGCAUUUAAAUAAUGAACCUUCAUAAUGCAUUUUCAAGGUAAGAACUAAAGUUAAGAACUAAGUAAAUACAAUUGCUUAGUUGUGCUCGUGAGAAGCUAUUUCAGUAAUUAAUGUCAAUGACUUUGUGUAUGUUGCCUCUAUGAGUUAUUCAGUCUUUAAAGAGUAUUUCCCCACUCCACCAGAUUCAUAUCUUAUCACUUGCUGCUGCUGUACAUUGUCAGCUAAAUGUUGUAUUAUGUACUUUGCCAUGUAAAGUAUUCUGUAUGCAUAAUGGAACCGUGCCAAUAAAUUUGAAAUGUAUUAA